AUGAGUGGCAUGAAAGAAACUGACAUGUCUGACCUUGUUGCUUUACUUAUGAGAGUGGCCAGAGCUUUCUUCCAGACGCAACACAUUGUGGUCUUGGAUCAGCUCACUAGACAUGAAUCAAUAAGCGACGAAAACUUGUCAAGGGGUGUUGGGCUUACCGUCAAAGAGAUCCACAGGCUUUGCGGAACGCUGAAAGAAGCACGCCUGAUCAGGGAGUUUGCCAAGACUGAACCAAAGAAGGCAGAGCAGCGGGCGAUUUCUAGAACCUAUUAUUACAUAGACUGGCAACAAGAACUGGAAAAUAAAGGUUAUCUAUGCCCAGGUUGUAAAAAAACCUUCGCACCUCUUGAGAUUCGCAAUUUGAUCGAUAUGACUCGUGGAGUCUUUUUGUGUGACCUGUGCCAUACCGAAUUGAUUCACAACGACAAUGCCGAAAAUGUAAAGGGAACCGAAAAGCUUCAUGGAAGGUUUAUGGAACAAAGUCAGCCCAUUAUUGAUUUGUUGAAAGCCAUUGACAAAUUGGUCAUUCCCGUUUCAUCGGUUGAAAAGCUACAAGUUUCUUCUGGUACAAAGGGCGGUCAACCAGGUUCCACGCAGGAACAAGAUUUACAAUACUCUCAGGACACUGGAACAAGUUCGGGAGACAUAGUUGUUGUCAUUCAGGGUGACAACGAAGCUUCUAAAACGGAAAGACAGGCCGAAACGGAAAAGAGAAGGCAACAAAAUGCACUGCCAUCAUGGCAUGUCCGUAGUACGGUAUCCGGAGACAUUAUGGUUUCCAACGCUGGAAAUGCGGGCACUACGCAAGAGAAUGAGCAGAAGGCAGAGAUAGGAAUAGUGAAUGAAAAGGAUGAUGAGCGUGAAAACUUUUACGCGAAUUAUUAUGCCAGCUUAUACCAGGAUGAAGCCAAUGGGUCGUCACCGGUAGCCGAGCUGGAAGACGACGAAUUCGUUGAGAAUGGCUACACUUAUGCCGAUUAUGAGGAUUUGGAUGUCGACUUUCCAGAAUCGGAUAGGUCCAGCUAA